GUUGGUGAGGAGCCGGUGAGGAGUAACACACGUGUGUGUAUACUGUACAGAGUAGGUAUUCCUGACUGUUGAUCUUACCAGUCUGGUUCUAUACCUGAUAGAAGGCGAGGAGUAACUGCAGUAUAACAAUACUGUACUGGUUUCCUGGUACAUCAGGGACCACGAUUCUGUUUAACAGUUUACUCAAGUAUAUUUGGUAUUUUACAGAUUCCACUCCCUCGGAAGUAUUAUAUACAACUUGGAUGCUUUAGAAAGUUCUUUUGACUGGCUCAUUGUGUAUUAAUUUGUUUGGCACAGAAAUAGAAAAAACUGACACCGUUUCGCUGUUGAAAGAUGUGAGUGAUUUAAUCGUAGCAGUGUGAGGUGAAUUCAGAUAGUAGAGAAUCCAAUGUGGAGCCCCUUUUACAUUGACUGACACACAAUUGAUUUCUAGGGGUAGCUUUUCACUGUGUAUUGUAGCGCAAAGUGAAGCAAUCGUGAACGGAAUAGAAGGAUUUCUGUUUGAAUAGAUCCGCUGCAAUCAUGUCGAUGUGUACCAGGGCGGGUGAGCACACUGCCCCGCUAUCACUAGUGAAAGGGAAGGGUGUGUAGUUUUUGGCUGCGGAAUACUUUUCUUAUCGUGCACAUGUUUUUUUACAAGAAUUCCGAUUCAGUUGAGGCCAAGUUUGUUGUGAGACGGGAAAUUAAGGUGGAGAUUACUGUGAAGUGGAUCACCUGACAGAAUUCGGGGGUGAAACACGUGUGGAUUUUCAACGUUCUCUUCUCAUGCUAAAAGAUUAUCUGUGUUAUACAGGAGUGGAGAUAAAACAAUACAAUUUGUCGUUUCCUGAGUAGAAGACAUCAGUGUAAGAAAACCAAUUACAUUUCAUUCUCGGUGAUAUUUAAUAAUCAUCAGUUUUGGUUUUCGAUUUUGUGUUUUCAUUCGGAGGAGGACUUUUAAUGUUCUGGCUGUGUAGUUAUAUGUAAUUUGUUUAAAGAUUUGUACACAGGAGAGUGAUACCUAUCUCAAUUGUUUACAACAGGAGCAGCAGCAGCAAUAUGAUGAAUUAGUGCUCUUCUUGGAAAGCUUUACAAGCCAGUGUGGGAAUUAAAUCUAGCAAGCAUCUACAGAAAUUGUUCACCAUGAUUGGAUUAUCGUCAUUCACACCGUUAAUCCUCUUAGCGUGGAGCAUCUAUGAAGUAUUGGGAGAACAACACUUCCUACAGACUCCUGCAGAUACACGAAUCGUCAUGGGACGUAGUACCAUGCUCAACUGCUCUGUGGGUGACCGCGUAGGCAGGGUACAAUGGGCCAAAGAUGACAUGUUACUGGGGUUUGAUCUUAGUAUCCCUGGAUACCCCCGCUAUUCCAUCAUCCAGACAUCCCCGGAGAGAUUCAACCUAUACAUCGUCAACACAACACUCUGGGACGAUGCCACUUACGAAUGUCAGGUGCUUCCGUCACAGGGGAACCCCGCUCUCCAGGCUUCCGCCCACCUAACCAUAUUAGUGCCUCCCGAAAUGCCUCAGAUAAUCGGCCAUCCCAAUGGCUCAAUGAUUAACAUACGACACACGGACCCAAUCGUACAGCUCACGUGUGAGGUUCGGAAUGCACGACCUGCAGCCAGUAUUACCUGGUACAAGAACGGCGUCGUCGUGACAGAAAAUGUGGAUUACACCGUAGAACAGAUUGCCAAUGAUAAGCGAGAGAAUGCCCACAACACCCUCACACUGACGCCAGAUUUCCGGGUCAAGGAACAUGGGGCAGUGUACACAUGUAAAGGUACAAACGAGGCGAUUCGAGGGCAGUUCCUGGAGACUACUGUCACUGUCAACGUCCAGUUUCCGCCUUCCAUUCCCGAGAUAACGGGGUACAGACGCGGACAGACAGUACAACGUGGGGACACUCUGAACCUCGAAUGUGUAUCAAGGGGAGGCAACCCUCUCGCUCAGGUCGUCUGGUUUAGAAAUGAUGUCAAGAUUGACUUCUCCUACUCGAGUUCUAAUGAUCGCUCAACCAAUGAUCUGUCCUUUACUGUGGGGGCAUCAGAUAACGACGCUGUGUACAGGUGUGAGGCGACCAACGCUGCCACGGAAUAUCCACUGACAGCACAAGUUCAGACUGUUGUUUACUUUCCGCCAGAGAAAGUGACAAUAUCUGGGAAUCGUCUAGCAACAGCAGGAGAGGAAGUGGAGCUUACCUGUGAAACAGCCAACAGUAAUCCUGCAUCUGUGGUCACAUGGUUGGUACGAGGUCGACAGAUCGCAGGCACGCAAAACCAUGUACAGGAGUCGGAGGAUGGUGGAUACAUCACAAGGUCGAUAAUCAAAGUUACACUGACAGAUCGUGAGGAUCAGAUCGUAUACACCUGUCAGGCGAUGAAUGACGGAUCAUCGCAGCCCGUCACCGACACUGUCACUCUCAGUGUGUUGUACCCACCAGGGGCACCCGUCAUCACUGGGUACGAGGAAGGAGACUUUGUCAAGGAUGGUGACGUCAAGAGGCUCACCUGUAGCUCAGCAGGGGGCAAUCCCAUGGCAACACUUAAAUGGUUCAAAGGGAAUGAGUUGUUAGACUCGACUCCGAAGACUCGCGGAAGUAUCGUCAGCUCUGAGCUGACCAUCGUCACAACCCCCGGGGACAACAACGCCAUCUACAAAUGUACGGCGUCUAAUGAGGCCACACCGACUCCACUACAGAUCCUGAAGAAGCUGACUGUCUACUUUCCCCCUGCCCAAGUGACAUUAACUGCGGAUCCCGCAGAACCCAAGGCGGGCCAGCGACUCCGACUCACCUGUCUGUCUGCGUCCAGUAAUCCCCCUGCAGCCAUCAUGUGGGUCAGGGACAAUGUUUUACGGCAAGGUGUGACCAUCAACAAAUCCCCUUCCAGCAACGGCGGAAUGACCACUACAAAUGUUCUGGACAUCACGCCAACAGCCGCUGACCACCGCGCGGAGUACCACUGUCAGGCUACAAACCUUGUGAUCGGUGACAAAGUCAAUGAUGCUAUCACCCUUAGUGUUCUGUUUGCCCCAGUGUUUGACCUGUCCAUGUCUCCGACCAACAUUGAGAUCACCGAGGGCGACAGUCGUUCAGUAAAUCUCACAGCCACUGCCAACCCACCUGUGCUCAGUUACAAGUUCUACAGGGACGGGAUUGAGGUCAACGUGGAAGGUGAUAUAAAUAGCUUCACUUUCGACAACGGAGCACUUCAGAUAUCAAACAUCGAGCGCGGCGAUAUGGGGCGGUACAGUUUAGAAGCUCGCAAUGCUGAGGGCGCUUCAUCUUUCAACUUCACGCUAAAUGUCCUGUAUGCCGCCUCCAUCACGACAAUCACCAGCCCCGUGGAGGAGGAGAUCGGGGGUGCAGCCUUCUUCGAGUGUAUCGCAGACGCCAACCCCAUCACAGAGAAUAUGAUAACAUGGUCACGUAGUGACUUUGAUAUGUCCAAGACGAAGCAGGCUUUCGAGAACAACAAAGGUCAUCUGACUGUUUACGAGCUGGAGAAAACGGACACUGGGACGUUUACGUGCACGGCUGACAACCAGAUCGGAGAGCCGUCAGUGAUGGAAGCCAUUCUUAUUGUUAAAUUCCAACCAAUCAUUGAUGACUCGGCCCAGUACUCCAAAGCGGCCGGUGACCAUGGAUCAACUGUCCAGCUAAUCUGUCUGGCAGAGGGAGCUCCGGAGGUCAAUUUUGACUGGGCCAAGAGGAAUGGUGACAUGUCAAGUUUCAAGUACCACAUAGAGUCAGAGAAAGUGAACACCAUUAAAUACCGCAGUGUGGUCACCAUAUCUGACAUCGCCGAGUCUGAGUACGGUACAUAUGUGUGUUCCGCCACCAACGAGAAGGGACAGGAUACGUUUGAUAUUUCAGUGGAUGGCACAAGUCGACCAGAUCAACCAGGCGAUCUCACAUUUAUCAAUGCAACGCACGACAUGCUAACCAUCUCCUGGAACCCUGGUUUUAAUGGUGGACUUCCUCAGAGGUUCAAGGUCCGAUACAAGGAGAAGAAUCGGCCUGGUUACACACACAUCGACAUAACACCCAUAGACAACCGAGUCACCACUGUUUUUGUCAUCAAAGGUCUCAGAAGAGACACUUCAUAUCUUGUGGCAGUGUUGACCUCUAAUGACCUUGGACCAGCAGAAGGGUCACCUCCGGAGAUAGAGGUCAGAACAUCAGCGUCGGCCCUGAGUGGUGAAGCUGCGUCCACCAUACAGACCAGUGACGACACCCCUGUCAUCAUCAUCCUCGUCGUCUGUGUCGUCGGAAUCUUCCUCCUCGCUCUCAACAUCGGACUAAUACUCUUUUUCGUCAGGAGGAGGAAAAAGAGGCUGGAGAACAAUAGUGAUACCACUAGCCACACCAACACAAUCGAGUUAUAUGGCCCUACCAAGGAAACCGCCCUAUACCCUAUAACUCCCUCAGAUGAUAGUCGCAGCUACGGCACCUACGAAAAAAAUAUGGAUGAUUUUUCAGAUGAUUAUAAAAAUUUUGAGGGUAGAGGGUUGGUGAGACCCAAGCCGGUCUGGCUACAACCUCUCGUAGAAAUGCCCGGAUCCAGUAACGACGAUGACACGCAUGACAGGAAAAGCAUGCACAGUAGUCAGUGCACCUGUAACUGUGUACAGGUCAAGGUGAAGACUGUGUCCCGCGGGAAAUGUAGUUGUCUGUCCAUGGACUCGUCCGGGGAUGAAGACAUUAAGCGAGUUUUCCUGCCACCUCCUGGAUACAGCAGAUCUUAUACACCAAACAAAAUGGACUCUCCAAAUCUAGGAAAUACCCACAAAUCUUUUCUGACUGAAACACGACCAUAUUUAGACGAUGAAAGACAGGCAGCACAGUGGCAAUACGAGGAUCCAUAUCGAAGUAGAAGCAAGGGAACAUUCGAUAGUGAUUAUAUGAACCCACUACAAAAUGGAAAUUCUCCAACACAUUUUCAUGAUUACAACGGCAGGCCGGAAACCAGGCCCAAGAGUGUGACAGACUUUUCCGACCAACGUUCAAGUCGAUCAUCAAGUCGUAAUGGACUGGGGACGACCCCUCCCCCUCCCCCACCCGUCCGAUCGUCUAGUAAGGGUGUGGCCAAUAACUAUGGUCACUCCCCUAUUCCACCCCUUCCUGCCAGGAAUUACGAUGUGGACGACCUACCUCCACCUCUGUAUGACGAUACUCCACAGCCUAGAUACGCUCCAGCCCCAGGCUCAACAGGGGGGAGGUACGUGAACCCUAAUGUGAUAAGCAACCCCACUUAUGAGGGACCGAGUGAGGGCGGAAACAUGGCCCAACGGAAUCACAUACCAGUAGACGAUAUGAGGGGAGACUUGGUAUAGCACCAGUGAUAAUUUUCCCUUUGUAGCCGCCCCUCUUGAGAGACCUGUCUGUGGCCUUGAAGGGAUAUCCCCUUUGGAGCCCCUUGUGACAGACUGGUUAGUGGCCUUUAUGGGAUAAUUGGUGCAGCACAAACGAUAGAUGUAUCCCUAAGGAGCCCCCUUGUGACAGACUGGUUAGUGGCCUUUAUGGGAUAAUUGGUGCAGCACAAAUGAUAGAUGCAUCCCUAAGGAGCCCCAUGUGAUAGACUGGUCAGCAGCAAUCAAGGUUUAAAAUCAAAUUAUAAAUCCUUGUAUUCUUUGUGACAGACACAUUCAAAGGCCAUCAAGGGAGACAUCAAGUGUAUAGCACCAGUGACUACCUCCCUAUUGGAGCCCCCUAUUGGAGCCCCCUGUCAGAGACGAUCGAGGCACUAUUAAGGGAUAUUUGGUAUAUCACCAGUGACUAAGUUCCCUUUGGGGCCCCUUUCCGGAGACAUAUGAGGCACCAUUAAAGGAUAUUUGGUGUACCUAGUAAUAAUACUCCCUUUGGAUCCCUAUCCAGAGACAUAUUCAAAGACAUGUAAGAGGCUAUGCAAGGAGACCUUUUAUAAAACCGUUGAUACAUCUUCUAUUGGUGUCUGGUCUUAAUAACAUGUAACAGACAACCUGAGGAGAUUUGUUAAAACAUGUGAUAAGUCUCAGACCAUUGUGACGACCUGUGGUAUGUCAUUUAUAUUCAACAGGGACAACAAUCUCCGUUUAAUAACAUUCAAGAUACAUUUUGAGAGUUUCUGGAGGCCAUAAGUGUUGAGACCUUUAAAUUGGUAUAUCAUCAUUUAUAAAUGCCCUCAAGGAACCUCAUUUCAAAUGCCCUGAAAUAAAUCUACUGCAACUAACAGUGAUCAGGUAAUCAAAAUAAAAUAUCGUCAUGUUUGUGUGAGUUAUGUCCCCUUACAGACCAGUAGGUGGUGCGUUGUUGAGUUCUCCCUGAUUUGUGUACGACAUCACAUAUUUGUGUUCACAUCCAGUGGUUAAUACUGACAAACUCCGACUGAAGUUUCGACGUCGCUAAUCAAUCCAUUCUUUGAGAUCAAAUAAAAUUGUUUCGUUAAUGAUUAUAAUAUCGUCAGAAAUUCAUACAGAGUUUCUCAAAUGCUUACAAAAAAAAUCUGUAUUAAGAUAUAUCAAUAUAUUGCCGAAUGCUGCAAAAUCAACAGUGGAAUAUGACUUUCCACUACAGAAAACAAUCAGGACAAAAGUCUGUACCACUCUUCAAUGAUAGCUGCAUACCAAGUCCACUCUCAACGAAAUCCAAAUCACUUUUAUUUGCCAAAUAGAAUAUACAUGUAUGCCUUUUACUGCGAGAGCUUAUCUCCCUUGUGAAUGGAAGUUAUCCCCCUUUUGAGUAGGAGUUAUCUCCCUUUCAAUGUAUUUUGUUUAUUUGUUAAAUGGUGAUAAAGUUUGUUUUGCAAAGUAGGUUUGAAACUUUCCCCUGUAUGAGAUCAAAUAUGUAUUUAAAAGUUGAGUACAAGAGAGUGAAACAUGUUUGUAAUAUUACCUGGAGAGAAUGAAGUAUGUCUGUAAUAUUACCUGGAGAGUGUAGUAUGUCUGUAAUAUUACCUGGAGAGUGUAGUGUGUCUGUAAUAUUUCCUUGAGAGAAUGAAGUAUGUCUGUAAUAUUACCUGGAGAGAAUGAAGUAUGUCUGUAAUAUUACCUGGACAGUGUAGUAUGUCUGUAAUAUUACCUGAUCUAAUGAGAACAGUUGUAUGUAAAUUGUAAAUCAUUUCAUAUUCAUUUAUAUCACUAAGAGAACUAUAUAUAUAAACCACAGUAUUUAUGAUUUUGUACAUAUGUAUAUAUUACGAUAAAUAUGUUUCCUAAAUUCUGGUAUGAAAGCCAUCGUGCUACAGAGAUUAUAAAUAGUGGAGUAUUCACUAUGCAUUUAAGUCAUUUGUACUUACGUGAAAAUGGACAUUGAUUGGUCAAUGAAUGGAAUUCAGCGUAGAUGAUAGCCGAUCUUCUAUAGAGAUAUAGUCUUACUCCAUAUCGUGUCUAGAAAGUCUGAUUAUUUCUAAUCUAAUGUCACGGAAGUCUUUGAACCUUGAGUCUAGUGAUAAAGUCCCGAAAGCCUUUGAAUUUUAUGACUCAAAGUCAGCAUGAACCAUGUUAUACACCAAUUUAAAUUCUGAGUAUAGAUCUCUCCAUGAACAAUCUCUACACGCAAUUAUUAAAACAUAUUAAAGAAAUAACAAGAUGAAAACGUGGCAUAUGUCAAAACAUGUGUUCAAAUAUUUUUUCGUUUUAUUCUGGUGAAUUUUCCUUCCAGCCAAUCAAACUCCCUGUUAAAAUCUAUCAGCUGUAUUCUUAAAAAAUAUCAAAAUGAUAAAAUAUCAAAAUGAAUGUGCUAUGUCGAAAAAUGUAGUUUUCUAUAUGUGAUUCAAAAAGUGCAAAGUAACACUUUCUAGGGUUCAAAUAAGUAUGAAAAAAACAUGAAAAGACAAAACAAGACAAAGUGUUCAGCUAAAAACUUUGGUAGAUUUCUGUUCACGAUUUGUUACAGAGAAAAUGUCAAAGGAGAUAUUAUGUCGGGAUGACCAUUUUGCUAUGCCUUGGGUGCCAAAUCAGUUUAAUUUUGUACUUAAACGUUACAUGUGAACAUUUCUUUUUGUAAGAAACAUAUCUUUGCUUACAGUUUUAACAAUUCACGAGUUGUGUGCAUAGGAAUCAAUCAUUUUAUAAGCAUGCUUUUCAUUUAUUUACUUUUUAUCAUCAGAAUAAAUUAUGUUUGAUUCCAUUUUAUGGCAGUUUUGGAGGAUUUUUGUUUUGACAUCUUCAAAAGAAAUAUUUGUUUGAUUUUGGUAGAAUGAAAAGGUUUUUUAUGAUGUUAAUUUUGCAGCAGGAGAGUCAUAUUAAGUAGCCAACCACCAGAUUACCUCCCUUUAUUAACUCCCCUGGAUUAAACUUCAGCUACAAAUAUAUUCAAACAUUUAAGGGUUAACUGUAAUAUUUUUUUACGUUAUUGAGCAAUAACACAAAAAACUGGGGUGUACUCGGAAUAAACCGCGACGCGAAGCGGUUAAUGAAAAGAGUACACCCCAGUCUUUUCUGUUAUUGCUCAAUAACGUUAAAAAAAAUAUUACAGUUAACCCUUAUAAUUUAAUUAACAACGAUAAGAAACAUUUUCAUUAAGUUUAACAUGUUUAUUUUGCUCCAGAUAUUUAAAAACACACUACAUUAUGUACUUCCGGUAUAACUGAAAGUGGUUCCUUUUAUUUUUUUUAUGUAAUGAGAUGAUAACAGAAUUUUUUGAGCCAAUGAAACUGCUUGUUACAAGCAAAAUUAAAUUAUAAGAUGUUAAUGUAAAUCGUUUAUGAUCAAAACUUGAAAUUUAGCAGCUCAGUAGAGUUAUACAUAAAGCUAUGAAUCCUCUAUUAGCUCAGUAGAGUUAUACAUAAAGCUAUGAAUCCUCUAUUUACAUGAUUUUACACAAAGAUAAUACAGGUAAUCUGGUAGUGUUGACUAUCACUGCCCGGGUAAUGUUGUUUAAACCACGUGCCCAGGUGUCACUGAUAAACAGAAUUACAUAAACAAUUCCACCGAGUGACUCAAAUACCGGGGACUAGGUAUCAUAUCUGUGUCAAACGUAGGUUGUGACUCACAUUUCAUUAGAUGUUCAUUUUAGGCUCCGACUUUCCUGUUGGUGAUAAUUUGGAAAAUUUUAAUAUUUUUUUUUCUAUUUUUUCCAAGAAAGUAGCCACAUAGCAGAGUUGUUAUGCAGUAUUAUGGGUUAAACUGUUAUGGUAUCAAAACGUGUGUUUACCAGAGAUAUGGUAUCAAAACGUGUGUUUACCAGAGAUAUGGUAUCAAAACGUGUGUUUACCAGAGAUAUGGUAUCAAAACAUGUGUUUACCGGAAAUGAGUGUUGUGGGAUACUGGCCCUGUACCUAAUACCUUUAUUUGAAGUUUGGUAUGCUUGUACAUGUAAUUAUGUAAGAUACAUUGCAAUGACUAAAUAAAUAUAUAUUUAUGUUACCAUGGAUUUGUGAUGUCUUGCCAGCCAUCGAGUGAUUGUCAGGGUUCUGAUGAUUUUGAAUGAGUACGAUUAUUUUAGAGUUUGUUUGAAUGUUGUUUUGAGAAGUUGCAUACUUGGUUCAUUUUCAUGUUUCAUAUCAAAGAGAAAUAAACAUUUUUUAAGAAUGAUA